AUGGCCUCGAAAACCAGCUUUGAUUAUCCUGCAGAGGACACGAUAGGGUAUGUCUCUGCUGGCAAUGCCUUCUCCUGCAACCUACCGAGAAUAUUGAAGGCUUUCUUUGAUGCGCCCGGUGUAGGCCGUGUAGUCAAACAUGGGUCGUUUACCGAGAGCCCCACCCUCAGCUUUCCGGGAACGGAAGUGACAAGUCAAGAAACCGAGAAAAUCGAAAAAGCCUUCUUCUUGCCAUGUAACCUUUGCCCCGAUCUACGGAUGUUACCUAUCACGAAUCCCUGCACCGGUCAGGCGGCCGCUGUUGUGGUUCUUUGCUGGCCAACGCGCCUGUACGGUAACAAUGGCUUCCUGUACUCAUCCGACGUGCUUGAACUCAUUUGUUCUCGCGCUGCAGCUAAAUCAACUACAGACUGUGCAGAGCAAAAUGUUAGUGCAAAGGGUUGGGCAGAUGCAUUUGUAUUUCUUGUUUGCAAUUGGACAGGCAAUCCACCAGCCUCAAUCCACUCCUAG